AUGAUUUCCUAUAUUCUAAAUUAAAGUACGUCUUUCCAGACUAGUGAAAAUAAGUUUGAUGAAUUCCAUAGAGGAACAUAAACAUAUCGUUAUAGAAACAGUUAAUUAGAAGCCUAAAAAGAAAAGUUAUCCACUGAAUAUGACCCAUUGUAAGAAAGAACCAUAGGUGGAAAUGUAAAUAUCAUGUUUUCUAAGUUCUAGAUGAAAACAUAAUUUAAAAGAAAGAAUAAUGAAUUUGAUCCAAUCAACUGUGUAAAAAAUCUGAUAAACUUAUCUCUAAAUGUACUUGAAGAGGAAUUUUAAGUGAUUCAUUAAUAACAGAAUCAAAACAAUUAAUAUUCUCAUAUAAGUUUAGAAAUGUAAAUGAUCGACUAAAGUGAUAUUGAAGCAUUUUAGUUGCCACCAACGGCUCAAUAAUUUUAAUAACCUAACAAGAAAACACAUAAAAAGCCAAAGAACAAGAAAAAUAAAGUGGAUUCACAAAAAAAGCCCCAAAAAAACCAGACCUUCACCUAAAAACAACAUCAUCAACAACCAUAGAUUGAAUAAUAGAUUAAGGAGAAAUAAUGUAAUUAAACUUCUCCCUCAAAUUCUCAUAAGAUGAAGUAUUAAACAACUUCAUAAAAAUAAUAAAUAUUUAGUAGUUUGAAUCAAAUAUAGUUAAUAGAGCAGAAAUCUAAAAAGGAUUCGAGUGAUUUGGAUGCCUAAUUUAAUCAUGUAAAAUUAACAAGAUUAUAUAGAUUGGAGCCGUAAGUACUACAACAGGUAAUUCCUAAUCAGAAUCAGAUGACUGUCAAUUGCAAUAGGAUGAGAACAAUCAGAAGGACUCUUGUAUCUAAAAACAAAGCAACAAGGAGAAAUAUAAAAAGAAAAAUUAAAAUAACGUAGAAAUAGUUGGAAACAAACAAUAUCCAUAUUCUUCAUAGACUACUCCUAUUAAACGUAAAUAAUUAAACCUAAACAAAUCUAAAACACAAGAAAUCGAUGAGUUUGUGAAUAACAUACAAGUUAAGAGUUUUUAAAAUAAAAUACGAAAACGAAUAUGCUUCAAUAGAUUACAUUAUAUUAUUUCCAUGAAUUCAGACCUUAACAUUUAUGCUUAUGGAUCUUUCGAAACGGGACUCGAUUUAGAAGUGAGUGAUGUCGAUAUAGGAAUCUGGGGGACUUAAACGUUGAGUUAUAAUCAGAUAGUUAACUUUUUAUAGUCAAUAAAUUUACUAUUAAAAUAGACACCCUUUUUGGUCAAUUCAAAGUAUGAUUAUAUUCCAAUUGUAGACUAAUUCAAAGUCACAUGCCCAUCCUGAAAUUAGAACUUAAUCCCAAGACUGAGUUUUAUAAUGAGGAUGCUUAUAUUUAACAGAAUUGGCAAAGUUUCCAUUUGGAUCAAUAAGAUUCAGGUAGUUUAAGCAUUUUAAGUUAGGCAAAAUCAUUCAAGUGGAUUUAACUUGGAUUUAUUAGUGGAGCAAUAUAUACAACAAUCCACAUUUGGGAUUUGCUUCAACAACAAUCAUCAAGGAUUGGGUGAAUAGAUUUUAUUGGUAUAGGGAUAUAAUGCUCAUUUUAAAGUAUUUGCUCAAAUCCAAAAAUCUGAAUGAUGCUCAUACAGGUAUCACUUAUCAAGAUGAAUUUUGUAGGAGGAAUAUCUUCAUUUUGUUUGUCAAUAAUGUUAGCUGCCAUCUAUAUGUGCAAGCAUUACACUCAAAAUGAUAAAAAAUCUAUUCUUCUUGACUUUUUAAAAAAGUAUGCAACUUAAUUUGAUCCCUUAAAAGAGGGCAUUUACAUAGAUGGUUAUGGGUACAAAAAUUAUCUAGUCUAGGUAAUAAAACCCAUUUAUCGCCUUGGAUGAAUGUCCCCCAUAUAAUCCUCUCACAAUAUACUCACCAAUUAAUUACUAAAUAAUAUCUCAAAAAGCUAUUAGAUUUCCUGAGAUUUAGGAAGAGUUUAAAAAGCUAUAUGAACAUCUGAUGAAGUCUAAUAAAAUUCAAGAUUACUUUGAUAUUCCCUAAAAAGUGAAUUAAUAAUUAUUUAUAUGA